CCGGCGCCGGCGCCGCCACCACCGGCCUGCUGCAGGUGCACUUGCACCCCUCCGUGGAGACUCUGGCCCGGAUGCUCCCGGCUGUGGUGGCGGCGCUGGGGUGGACCGCCUUCACCGUGGUGUACUUCGACAGCUCCUCGCUGCACCGCCUCUCCGGCCUGCUCAAGAUGUACGACUACACGGGCUACACCGUCACCCUGCGACAGAUGCCCCCGGGCGAGGACUACCGCGCCAUGUUCAAGGACUUGAAGCGGUCCGGGGAGACCUUCUUCCUGGUGGACUGCCCCUUCGAGCGGCUCAACGAGGUGCUGGUGCAACUGCAGCAGUGCGGGCUGCUGGUGGACCCCUACUGCUUCUUCUUCACCAACCUGGACCUGAGCACGCUGGACCUCUCCCCCUUCCGAUACGGCGGCGCCAACAUCACGGGCGUCAAGCUCGUUAGCGCGGCGCAGCCUCUCAUCGGCCUCCAGGACGACGUCGACGACGACCUGGAAGACGGCACGCAGGCCGAGGCGCAGGCACCCACCGCCAUGAGGCUCCAGGCCGCGCUGUUCCACGACGGGGUGCGCCUCGUGGGCCACGCCCUGCAGCAGCUGGCGCCGCACGCGCUGGCCACCAGGCCCAUGGCCUGCAACGCCUCGGACAGCUGGGAGCACGGCGCGUCGCUCUUCAACUUCAUCCGCACGAGCGAGGUGCGAGGGCUGUCCGGGCUGCUGCGCUUCGACCACCGCGGCCGGCGCUCCAGUGUGCUGGUGGAGCUGCUGGAGCUGGCGGAGGACGGCACGCACAGCCUCGGCUUCUGGAACACCACGGAGGGCCUCAAUAUGACGCGCGCCCGGCCCCGCUCGCCCGGCGGCUACCUCGCCGCGCAGAACCCCAUCUUCUUCAACAAGACCCUCACCGUGCUCAUCGCCAUGACGCAGCCCUACUCCAUGCUCAAGGAGGCCAGCAAGAAGCUGUCGGGCAACGAGCAGUACGAGGGCUUCGGCGUGGAGCUGAUCGACGAGUUGGCGCGCAUGCUGGGCUUCAACUACACGUUCGUCGUGCAGGAGGACGGCAACUACGGCACCUGCGACCCGGACGACGGCACCUGCACGGGCAUGAUGGCCGAGGUCAACGAGGGGCGAGUGGACCUGGCCAUCGUGGACCUCACCAUCACCUCGGACCGGGAGAGCCGCGUCGACUUCACCACGCCUUUCCUGAGCUUGGGCAUCCAAGUGCUGUACCGCAAGCCCACCAAGCUGCCGCCCAGCCUCAUGUCCUUCAUGUCGCCCUUCUCCAACGAAGUCUGGCUGCUCAUGACGGCCGCCUACACUGGCGUGUCGCUGCUCAUGUUCGUCAUGGCUCGGAUCAGUCCGUACGAGUGGAACAACCCCUACCCGUGCGUGGAGGAGCCCGAGGAGCUGGAGAACCAGUUCAGCCUCAGGAACGCCUUCUGGUUCACCAUCGGCUCCAUCAUGCAGCAGGGCUCGGAGAUCGCGCCGAUUGGUGCCUCCACCCGCAUCGCCGCCAGCAUCUGGUGGUUCUUCACGCUCAUCAUGGUGUCCUCGUACACCGCCAACCUGGCCGCCUUCCUGACGGUCGAGUCGCAGUACAAGCGCAUCAGCAGUGCCGAGGACCUGGCCGACCAGGACUACAUCAAGUACGGCGCCAAGCGCGGCGGCUCCACCCUCACCUUCUUCAGGGAGACGACGAACCCCGUGUACCGCAAGAUGUACGCCCAGAUGAUGGAGUGGGACGCGGCCGGCGAGCCGGUGCUGCAGCACGGCAACGAGGAGGGGCUGGACAAGGUGGCCGCCAGCGACGACUACGCCUUCUUCAUGGAGUCCGUGGCCAUCGAGUACAUGAUGGAGCGCAACUGCAACGUGACCAGCGUCGGCAGCAGCCUGGACGAGAAGGGCUACGGCAUCGCCAUGGCCAAGAACGCGCCCUACCGCAGCGCGCUCAGCGCCGGGGUGCUGCGGAUGCAGGAGACGGGGCGCAUGAUGGAGAUGAAGGACAAGUGGUGGAAGAACAAGCGCGGCGGCGGCGCCUGCAUCGGCCCCACGGUGACGGACGUGAACGAGCUCAACAUGGACAACGUGGGUGGCGUCUUCCUGGUGCUGGUGUCGGGCUCCGUGCUGGCCAUCUUCGUGGCCGUGGCCGAGCUGGCGCUCAACGUGUACCGCACCGCCGUCAAGGAGAAGCUGUCGUUCCGCGACGAGUUCCUGGAGGAGGUGCGCUUCAUCCGGAAGUGGUCGGGCUCCGUGAAGCCGGUGCGCCACCUCCGCAUCGGCGAGGAGACGAAGGCGGGCAGCCCGGACUCGGGCGGCGGCACGCCCGGCGACGGCGACACGCCCGAGAAGCAGAGGCAGGGGCUGCUGAGCUGACAGCUCACAGUGGGCCAGAAGACCGGUGCAGGCGGUCAAAGUCCCGGACGCGUUUUGAGCUCCAGAGUC